AUUAUAUAGACGGUACAUUACAUAUUAUACAUUAUUAUAUAGACAGUGCUGGGCUGGGUGACAAAACUCCCACUUUAGCCACAAAAUAUAAAAUCAGAUUAAAGUGACACAUUUACUGGCAGACGAUUUACAAUUGCAAGCUCUUUGGGCCAUUGUUCUAUUAAAUGUAUGAUAAUUCUGAGGAUUUUUUUUAAAUGAAACAGUGUUCCGGAGAGCUUGCACUCCAGUGAAGCCAGUACGUUAGUGACUAAAUCAGAUCCGGGGAAACAGGUUUGGGCUUGCUGUUGCCGUGCAACCACUCCUGGCGUGUAUUGUAACCAGGUGAGCACAGCGGACACGCCCACCUACAGGUACGUUGGGAAAGUGCAGGGCUGAGCCGGGAAUGGGGGGAGACUCACAGACGGACCGGUGAGGGGAAAGUAUGGAGUUAUACACAGGGAGAUGGACUGGUGAGUCCAAUUCUUAUUAAGAGAUUCCAGAGAGCGCCCCCGGGGUAUGGAAAGGUUAUAUGCCUCCCUGCGGGAAGAGCUGAGGGCAUUUGAGGGGCAGGUUCACAAGUGCCGUGUAAGCUUUGACCUGCAGACGUUGCACCGAGCCCUAGCCGUGCUCCCAGAGGGCCAUGGGGCUGAGCUGGACAGCUGGAAACGCGUGGAGGACCUUAUCCAGGCUGAUGCCCUCUCCGGGGAACAGUGGCAACAACUUCGGGGCUACCUAAAGUGGCUCCUGUCCUACGUGGACUACCUGAGGGGCAUGAAGGACGCCUUUGAUGACCACGUUGUAUUCCCACUGUGUGACAACUUAUAUGUGAACGAUGAGGGGGAUAGUUUAUCCGUCGCCAGGCAAGAGGUUCCUGUAUCUCCAUCCAACAUAACCACCACUGCCAGGCAACUGUUCCACCACCGCAGGAGCUGGGCUCUUCUACUGAGCAUAGGGGGCACUGGGCCGGCCCAACACAUCCACGGGGGGGCGUUCCAUUCAUCGACACUGCUGCAUCAAAUCCCCAAUAUCUUUGAGGAGAGCCUAGUAACAGCCAAUCUGGCUCACCAAUGGAUCCUUCUCCAUGAAGCUCAGAGUAAAACUCCCCAGAGAACCCAAAGGGUGUUCCAGACCACAACGGCCCUGAGGAGAGAACUUUGGGAAGCCUCAGGUCCGUCCCCCAAAGGGGACCCCGAUACAGAAAGACAAAUGAAGGCCAUGAGGGAGCACAUGAUGUUCCUGAUGUGGAGAGCCGGAAGGGCAGAUACUUUGGAGUCUCAGGUGAAAGACGUCAAGGGGAAGGUACGGAACCUGCAACAAGAAAUCCAUGAGGUCCAACAGUUGGUGGAGAAGGAAGGACAAGGGACCAGUCCAGAGAACCAGAGGAGGUUGGAGAAGCUCAACCGGCAGCUCAACCUGGAGCAGUUUCAACAGGGGAUCCUGAACUCUGAUUGGCAGCUGGAGCUAGAGGUCCGCCCCUGCCUCCUGCGCCAGAUUGACACCGUGCGGGAGCGCAGCUCUGAGUUGGAAUCCAGGCUCAGUUCCAGCAAAGAAUCCUCAGAAGAUUCCCGGGGGGCUUCUGCCGGGACCCCCAGUGAUUCCGAAUGGGACAGCAACUCUGUCUUCUCCCACAGCCUCAGCACCCACUGACUCCCUCGGGGGGAUUGUAUGUGCCCUCUUCUCCCACAGCCUCAGCACCCACUGACUCCCUCGGGGGGAUUGUAUGUGCCCUCUUCUCCCACAGCCUCAGCACCCACUGACUCCCUCGAGGGGAUUGUAUGUGCCCUCUUCUCCCACAGACUCAGCACCCACUGACUCCCUCGGGGGGGAUUGUGCCCUCUUCUCCCACAGUCUCAGCACCCACUGACUCCCUCGGGGGGAUUGUAUGUGCCCCCUUCUCCCACAGACUCAGCACCCACUGACUCCCUCGGGGGGAUUGUAUGUGCCCUCUUCUCCCACAGACUCAGCACCCACUGACUCCCUCGGGGGGGAUUGUGCCCUCUUCUCCCACAGCCUCAGCACCCACUGACUCCCUCGGGGGGGAUUGUGCCCUCUUCUCCCACAGCCUCAGCACCCACUGACUCCCUCGGGGGAAUUGUAUGUGCCCCCUUCUCCCACAGACUCAGCACCCACUGACUCCCUCGGGGGGAUUGUAUGUGCCCUCUUCUCCCACAGACUCAGCACCCACUGACUCCCUCGGGGGGAUUGUAUGUGCCCCCUUCUCCCACAGACUCAGCACCCACUGACUCCCUCGGGGGGAUUGUAUGUGCCCUCUUCUCCCACAGCCUCAGCACCCACUGACUCCCUCGGGGGGGAUUGUGCCCUCUUCUCCCACAGCCUCAGCACCCACUGUCUCCCUCGGGGGGGAUUGUGCCCUCUUCUCCCACAGCCUCAGCACCCACUGACUCCCUCGGGGGGGAUUGUGCCCUCUUCUCCCACAGCCUCAGCACCCACUGACUCCCUCGGGGGGGAUUGUGCCCUCUUCUCCCACAGCCUCAGCACCCACUGACUCCCUCGGGGGGAUUGUGCCCUCUUCUCCCACAGCCUCAGCACCCACUGACUCCCUCGGGGGGGAUUGUGCCCUCUUCUCCCACAGCCUCAGCACCCACUGACUCCCUCGGGGGAAUUGUUCCUAUGGGUAAGGCCUCAUUCUCAGGUACAGAAGCUUGAUGGACUAGUGCAACUCCCUGCACCCCCUGGUAUAUAUAUAUAUGUAUAUAGUAAUAAAGUAGAAUGAAAUCCUUUCUCUUUAAAGC